AGUCUUUUCACUGUCACUAUGUGUCAUUCUCUUAUUUUUUUAUUUUUUUUGGGUUAGUGCUUUCUCAUCUAUCACUAUCAGUCUGGAUGAUUUUGAGAUAAAGAAGUGGAAAAUUUGCAUCAGGACUUAAAAGCAGACCCUUACUCACAUACAUCAACAUCAACACACCACCACCACCUCCCCAGAGUUUGACCUCCACAGCCCAGCCAGCUGUAAAAGGGCUCAGGCAUUUUUGAGAAGUCUACUCCAAUCUGUCCAGACCCCCUGCAGAGACAGACCUAGCAGACAGAUGGUCAUGUUUUGGCUCAGGCCUGCUAAAGGACUGCGGGACCCUUAAUUCACCCCUCUUGCCUCCUUGAUGUGAAGAACUGCUAAGAGAGCACUUUGAUCCUGGAGAAAAAGGAUCCUAAUUUUGGCUAACACUCUGUCAGAGAUCACUGCAUGGUUCUUGUUUCAUAAAGGCAUAUUUGAAGAUGCAUUCGUGGCUUCCUCUGUGACGAUAAACAUGAUGCCAUCCAUCCUCUGUGCUCUGCAGUGCAAAGCUGUUCUGUUCUCUCACCCUCCCUUUUAUCCCCUAAAGAAUAUUUUUAGGUUGCUUAGCAACAUCUUCCCAUAGCCAGUGUUUAGACUGAGUAUAAAUGUAUCACAACAAUCAAUAUAAGUCAGUACAGGUGGCAAGAAGCAUAAAGCAGACAAGGAAAACAAAGCAUUUCCUAAGAUAUGGCCAAAUGUGUCUAGUUGGUUUGAUUUUAGUCCAACUGUGUUUCAUCAUAGUCUGCAGUACGUUUCCAUCUACACUGUCAUACAUUUGCUUGUUUCGAGCAGUUGGGCAAGAUGCAACACCCACUUCAAUUCCCACUGUCAGUUCUGAGAUAUUGCUAAAGGUAUGUAUGUGGACAAAUUGGAGCUCAUGCUUCUUGUAGUACAGCAGCUACAAUAAACCAAGACGCAUCUUCAUGAUAUAUUACUCUAAAUUAAAGAUACUGGUACAGAAAUAUUAGGAGGACUUCAAAUAAAAUAACAACAUAUAAAAAUAGAAUGAAUAUGCAACGAGCCCCUGCUUCAAGUGAGUUCAGUAUGGACUGAAACUGUUAUAUAAUGAUAUAAACCACAUGUUUUAGGGCAUUAGGCCUGAUAUGUCUGUACACACUGAUGAAUAAGAGUCACAUUGUGAGAUCAUUUGAAUGAAUGGUGAUUCAACUUUGAUUAAAAUGUAAUUUAUGACUUCUAAUUUGCUACAAAAUACAUAUGAAAGCAAUAAAGCCAUGUAUUAUAGUACAUCGACAUCAAUUAUAUGACUCAGAGCUGUUAAAAUAUUCACAUAUCUGAAUGGUGACAAAGCUUUCUUUCUACUGCUCUAUCACAUGAAGUCAGUCCCGUGCUUUCGUCGCUUUCUGUUGACUCCUGUGUGACCCAGUCGGCCAGAAUUUUUAAUAAGAGACUGUUCGAAUAUUAUGGCACACAGAUUAAUUGAGAAAAGAGACUGCAAACUUUAGAAUAUGUCUAUUUAACUUAGUGUUUGGUGUGUUCAAUAACCAACUUUGAUAUUCAGAGACGUUCAUUUCAUUUGGGUAAGUUACAGUGAGUCUGCUCAAAACAUUUCUCACCUUAAAGACUGAAUUAAUGGCCAUUAAUGCAGGAGUAAAUACUGCAAUCAGGAAUCCUUAUUUCUACACGCAGACUGACUUUUAGCGAAUGAACUAACAGAAAAAUCUAAUUUGACCUAAUAUUUCAUGCUCUACUCUUCCUACAAACUCAUUUAGGUCCCCUGGUUGUUCUCACAUCUCAUUUUGGUAAGGCCUGAUUUAACAUCGCACAGCCUGAGUGCUCCUUCACCCUUUGAACCCCACCCAAAGACCCAUUGAUGAACAGUAAGCAGCCAGUGAAGUUAUAGUUGCUGUGUGCUGGUAUUUGUGCCAGACUGCAGCUCGCUGAAACCCCCUCCGCGCAGCAGAUUAUCGGACCAAACCAUUGCCGCAGUUCAGGUUUUAUCACCUGUCACAUGAACGAGGCUUUACGUGUGCAAAAUCACCGGCUAUCAUCACAGCUAAGGGUGUUUACUUUGCUGCUACCGCAGACGUGUGUGCUAAAACGCAGCCACGGUGCAGCUCUCGGUGAGACGAGCCACCAAACUGCACCGACACCCCUACAGUGAGACGGGCAGCAUCAUCAUCCACUGCCUGCAAUGGCGUUGUAGCGGCUCCACGGCGUCUAAGCGUCUCUGUAGUGGCGAUUCCGUCCGGGACUGUUUACGAGCGUGAGAUAGCAUGCUUUAUUCGAAAGGUUUUUUUUGCAACGAGUGUGUUCACGUUUUUUUCCGAGUGGACCGUCUGGAUUUCAGUUUAUUCAUGACUCGUCAAAGCGAAGCCGGAGCCAUGAAUGUGUGAAUGGGCCUGAAGGAACUGUAGCAUCAGCUGGAUCAGAUCAGACUGCCCUGCAGUAGGUCAAAGUCGACUCUUCACUCCCACUUUCUAAUGAGGCCACGGCGAUGCUGACAUCUCCUCUGAUUCCAAAGACAUCAUCAUGCUGAAGACGGAGGCCUCGGGGGAGAGGACCAGCCUCCGCAGUGCCUCCCCCCACCGUAAUGCCUACCGGGCUGAGUUUCAGGCACUUAAGAAGGCCUUUGACCAGCCUCGGGUUGAUGGGGAUUCAAAGCCCAAAGAUCUUGAACGUGUGAAACAACCAAGGGGCCGUCAAUAUGGCAGCCAUGUCAGUCGCAUUAAGGACAUGUUCAUGCAAAUGGGCUCAGAAAAUACCUCAGCCAAGGCAAGGGGUUGCGAUGAUUCCUCGCCGCAAAAGCUGGUCAAGCCCACCAACUUCAUCAACAAGGCUGAUGGAUCAGUGAUAAAACUCCAGCAUUCCUCAUCAGCUGACAGAGUUGGAGGUGCUGGAGCAAAGUUCUCUGAAACCAGGAGGCUGUUUGAGCAGCAGUCACGUGACCAGUCCCAGUCACCAGUCUUUCCAUACGGACGUGAUAAAAGAGGCUCCCAUGAGCACCUUGAUGACUGGCGAGGUGCAAGAUCUAAUAGAGGCAGUACAGACUCCUUGGACUCUCUUUGCUCCAGGACAGAGGCAUCCUCACCAACUGUUAGUCAACUUAGUGCUGUUUUUGAAAACGCUGACCACCACAACCAAGGUGUACCCUACAGAGGAGUCAGCAGACGGGUCCUCUACUCACCAGACGGAUUCCAACGCCAUGGAGGUGACCUCAGUGAGGAUGAUUCACGACAAUCUCCAGUACUUGGAAGCUAUCGAAGCAAGAUAGGAGGAAAGUUUCCCACAUCCUCAUCUUCUGAGGACCUUCUGAGCCCCAGUCCCAAGACAGAGAAUUCAGAGCUGAAACCAGUACCACAAGAGGAAGGAGUCCAAAACAAACCAGACAAGGUUGAGACUACUGUUGGAGAUAGACAGCACCUUUCGGGGGUCGCCACCAAUGGCACCCACGUCAAUGGUUCUUGUGAAGAAGAGGAGAAACCUUCAGAAACAAGAAAGCAUACUGAGGAUCUAGGGGUGUCCAAAGCUUCAAAAUCUUCACAUGACAAAACUUUUGAAAAUGCAACCCCUGAGCCAUUGCCAACCCCAACUAGACCAGCAGGGGAAAGCCAGGAGGAUGGAGAUUGUUCAAGAGAGGACAAGCCCUCUGAAUCUCCCAAGGACCAUGUGGAAGAACCUGAUGAGGAAUACAUUGGGAAUGAGCGGGUAAUUUUUAAUGCAGAUGGGGACGCCUGUUAUCAGGGUUGGGGGGAAAGCUGCACAGAUCCUGAGGAUGACCUCUACGGAGAUGAUGAGGAUAUUGUCUACGACCCGGGCUCUGAACUGACAGAGAUCCCUGGUCUACCAGAAGAAAACAAAGAGGACAUCCCUCCGAAGAGGAAGAUCUGCUUCAGCACUGCACCCAUUACAGUGUUCAACACCUACUCCAACGAGGACUACGACCGACGUAAUGAAGAGGUGGAUCCGGUGGCCUCCUCCGCAGAGUAUGAGCUGGAGAAGAGGGUGGAGAAACUGGAGCUCUUCCCCGUGGAGCUGGAGAAAGAUGACGACGGCCUGGGGAUCAGUAUCAUCGGGAUGGGUGUCGGUGCUGACGCAGGCCUGGAGAAACUGGGCAUCUUCGUCAAGACUGUCAUCGAGGGCGGGGCUGCUGAGAGAGACGGCAGGAUCAAGGUGAAUGACCAGAUCGUGGAGGUGGACGGGACCAGUCUGGUGGGCGUCACCCAGAGCUUCGCCGCUUCAGUCCUCAGGAACACAUCAGGAGUGGUCAGGUUCGUGAUUGGUCGAGAGCGUCCGGGCCAGCAGAGCGAAGUGGCCACGCUCAUCCAGCAGACCCUGGAGCAGGAGAGGAGACAGAGGGAGCUUCUGGAGCAGCAGUACGCCCACUACGAUGCUGACGAUGACGAGCAGACAGGAGAGUACGCCACAGAUGAGGAGGAGGCGGGGACGACGGUGGCAGGCGGGGAGAAGAGCAUCGAAGUGUUUGACUUGCCAGAGACUGAGGACAUCCUGUCUCCCUCAGAGUUAGAUGCCACUAAACUCUACCAGAAGUUCAGAGAGCUCCAGAUCAAACACACAGUGACCGAGGCCGAGAUCCAGAAGCUCAAAAACAAGUUGGCGUCGGUGGAGAGGGAGAAGCAGCGCUGGGAAAAGGAAAAGAGCCAACUGAAGGCCAGCAUUGAAGAGAACAAGGAGAGGAUGUUGAAGCUGGAGAGCUACUGGAUCGAAGCGCAGACCCUCUGCCACACGGUCAACGAACAUCUGAAGGAGGCCCAGGCGCAGUACCAGGCUCUGGAGAAGAAGUACAACAAAGCCAAGAAACUCAUCAAAGACUUCCAGCAGAAAGAGGUGGAGUUUAUCCAGAAGGAGGAUGCAGAGAGGAGGCGGCUGGAGGAGGCUGAGAAAGCUCACCUGGCUGAGAUCCAGGGACUGCAAGUCAGGAUUGCAGCAUUAGAGUCCGAGCUAAUGCAGCUGAUGAAGCAGAACGGCAUCCAGGUCAACAACAACAACAGCAACAGUGCUGAGAGACUGAGCACUCAGCAGCACAGCCCUAAGAGGGCUGCAGCACAAGCCAGAGACUUGAGGGAGGGCUCUCCCAGCAAAAAGAAGAGCUACAGAGGAGUCGCCCGAGGCAGCAUCAGCUCCACUGAGGGAGAGGCCUCAGAGGGACACGGCAGUCCAGCUCACAGUCGCUGUGGUUCGAUUCGUAGUGUGGCCUCUUGUGAUGGAGGAACUGCGGUCCUCAGGGCCCCAAUCAGUGCAGAAAGUUCCCCCAGGCGAACACUGCACCCGCCGUCCACCGCAGGAGCCCUCCAGGACGGUUCCUCUCACAGUCUGGAGGAACGCAGACAAGCUCUGGACCCUGGCUCCAUAGAGCCGUCAGCAGAGGACACUGCAGAGAAACUUGGAGCCAAGACUUCCCUUACAUGGCCUCACUUCUUCUCAUACUCAUAUUACUUGGGACCCAUCCUGAACGAUGAUCUGAGUGCCAGCAGCAGCAGCUCGGUGGAGAUCAGCGGGCUGCUGAGUGAAGCCAAGAUGUCGGGUCACUCACAGACCCUGGCGCUCUCCUCAGAUGAGAGUCUGGAUAUGAUAGAUGAUGAGAUCCUAGAUGAGGGACAGCUUUCGAAGCAGUAUCAGUGGCAGAACCGCUGCAUCACAGAGUGGACCUCCCAGCAAGUUGCCCGCUGGCUCAUGGGCCUCAACUUAGAACAAUAUGUACCAGAAUUCACUGCCCAAAACAUAGAUGGAGAACAGCUGCUACAGCUGGAGAGCCCUGAGCUCAAGACCCUUGGAGUUACUUCUUCCCAGGACCGUGCCCUGAUCAAGAAGAAGAUCAAAGACCUUAAAAUUCUGACGGAGAAAGCCAAGAAGCACCGGGAGAAAGUGGAGAAACAGCGCGAGAAGCUACGGAAGAGAGAGUUGGAGCAGCAGCAUAAAGAAGCAUGCAAAGAAAGCGAGUGAAGUGCAUUGUUGGAUCCUGCUUUACUGUAGCACCACCCCAAGUAGCAUCUCAAGGAACAGAACCUCAGUAGGCCCCACAAAUGAACCCUGGGGGAUGCCUGCUCAGUAGUUCAAUAGUUCUCAAUGGUGGAGCUACACAUCCAGCUGUCGGAGAUUGUUGACUGACAUUUUCAACCAAGCAAAUUAAACCAAAAUCAGCAGUUUAAUGAUAGGAUGUUGACCCAUUCGUUUGCCUCAUUUUACACCCAUCCUGUGUUUUUAGCCAUUUAAGAAUUCUAUUUAUUUUGCUGUUUAUUGCUGUAAAUCGGGUUUAUUUAUUCAUAUAUAGAUUAAGUCUGUGAAAAGUACACCUCAUCCUCAUCCCAUAUCAUCUUCAGAGCCGUCUGUGUAACUCAACACAGCCCCUUUAGACGUACGACCACGUACAUGUACAGUUAUGAAUACUGAUACAACUAUGUCUGACGUGCCAUUUUCAUAGACUUGUGUAUAUCCUGUCCAGAUACGCAGUGGAAUCGCACUGUUGCUUUGACGAACCACAUACAGGUCAGGCCUGUGUGGUGGAUUAUAGGAGGCAGUGUUCAUCUCCCUCCACUGGGUGUCACCAUGCUGCUUACUUUUCACUACUGAAAAAGGCAACACUGGAACUGAAGUGGGAACCAAGUUUCAAGGGGAAAAGCAAACUCUCAGUACUUGCAAGAACACUGGAAGUGCAAACACUGUAAAUUUAACCUCCAUACUGGCUUGUCCAAUGCUCCUUACAGUAUACAUAUUCAUGUGACUGAUGACAAGGAAAUACUGUAUUCGCUGGACUGGUUCUAAUGGAAACUUCAGGUACAAUGUAAUCAUGAAAUUUGUAACUUACCAAACCCGUACCACAAAAACAAACAAAAAUAGUUAAAACGAAACUUCCUGCUUAUAUGCAUAAUGUUGCUUUGACUUUGCUUGUAACCUGCUUUUGACCUCUUUUUAUAUUCUCUCUCAAUAACAAACUAAUACCCCGCCGCUGCCUUUAGAAAUUCUAGAGUAGUAGAAUUUUUCUGAACUCUACCCUCUUCUGUGUGAGUGUCGAAACACAUACAGUAGGCUAAACAUUUCUGAUUGUUAUAUUUUUUUUUUCUUUCACAAAAAAA